AUGUCCAAUCAAAGUAAAGUAUGGUUUAGUGGAAUAACCAAACAUCAAUACUGCUUUAAUCGGGCACAAUUACAAACAGAUAUUAUGGCCACAUUAGGGCGUCAAGAUUUAUUAAAAUUCUAUGAUCAUUAUAUAGCACCAAAUUCCGUCCAUCGUCGUAAAUUAGCUGUACAUGUAGUACCAUCGCCAUUAGUCGCCGCCGAAAUAAUCCAAGAGCAAACAACAUCGAUUCUUGUACUCACAUCACCACCAAUCACACCAUCAACACCAAUGUCGAAAGACGAUGGAAAAAGAAUUCGAAAAUUACAACGACAACAAAGUAUCACAUCGAAAACAAUUGCUACACCCAUUGAGAAGUUAACAGUAGAACCAGUUAUUUGUAAUUUACCAAUUGCUAAAGCAUUAGACACAUCAAUAAAUCAAACUGAAUCAACAAAUGAAAUAAUGAUUGAAAAUAUAAUGAAAAAUGAAAAACAAUUAAUGUUGCCUGAAGUAAAUAAUUUCAGUUUUGAUUGUGUUUACUUAUUAUCUUGAAAUUAACAAAAAGAUGCUAGAAAUCGAG